UUUAUCAAACCACAUGAGAGACUGCAGAGGGAAUGAGUCUUUUAGUAUCUGAUGUAUGUGAGGUUUCCACCACUGAGCGAGCUGCUGCUUCAUAUACAGAUUUAGAUAUAUGUAGAUGUAUAUAUGUGUGUUGUUAUUUAUUGGUGUAGCAGUGUUAUAAAUCAAAGCUGAGUUCUGUCUGGAGCUCCAGCAGCAAAUAUGUUUGCUUGAGUUGUUCUGGCUUCCAGUCUGUCUCGUUAUUAGUUUUAUUUGUUACUUUUCUAAAACGGUAGGAUCAUCCUGCACAUGUUUUAUAUUCUCUGAAGGGGUUUUUAACAGUACAGGGUUAAAGUUGCUGGAUUUGGUCAGGUUCAUUGAGCCAGAGGUCAGAAAGUGUGUGUGUAUUGUAGCCAUGAAGGAGGAGAUCGCUGCUGCUGUGUUCUUUGUGGCUCGGCUGGUGAAGAGAUACGGCUGUCUGGAUAAUGACGGCAGGGAGCGUUUUGCUGCUGCCCUCACAUCCGUUUUGUUCGAGAAGUACAAGAACCACUGGCACCCGAACGCACCCACCAAGGGGCAGGCCUACAGGUGUCUGCGUAUGAACCGUGUGCGACUGCAGGACCCGGUGUUACAGCAGGCGUGCGAGCGGAGCGGGGUGCAGUACGACGACCUGGGGUUGCCCCAGGAGCUGACAGUGUGGGUCGACCCAGGAGAGGUGUCCUGCAGAUACGGUGAACACAGCACUCCGUUCUGCGUCUCGGUGGUGGACAGUUGUCGACGCGGAGACGGGGAAUUUUCCCGCCGCAUCCAUGACGCCGUGGAGCGGGCCGGCCUUGACGUUCAAUCAGGAAGCUCUUCAGACGAGGAGGAGGUAGCGGACAACAGCAUGAGCAGCAGCAGCAGCAGCAUCAAUAAUCUAUCUGCUCUCUGCCCUGCUCCAGUGCCGCCCAGCAACCCUGAACCCAAAACCAUCCCAACUGUCAGCAACCCCAACAGUGUCUACCGGUUCAGUGAGUUUGCUCCAGGCGCCCCUCACACCUGGCUUACUUACCCGAAGCGGAAGCCCUUUGCUGGGGAUGCUCUCCCACCUCACGCUCCUCCCCCUGGAGGUCCGACCUCGCAGUUCUGCAGCCAGAAAGGCUUCAAAUCCUAUCGAGCCACCUUCACCUUCACCGGGCCUCGUAUGGACAAGUACCACUGGGUCAGCAAAUCCCGAUCCUAGAGCGAGCCGCGCCUUCAACCUAGAACCAGAAUCAGGUUACUGCUCAGGACGAGACCAGAGACUGCAGCCAUGAAAAAAAAAGAAGUUUCAGGACAGUUUAUGUAUCUUUAAAGGAUAACAGUUUAUAAUUCGUACAUGGUUUAAAGUAAUAAUGAUUUAAAGUAUUGCUGUUUAAGCAUGUUUUUAAAAUUUCGAAAUAUUCAUGUUUUAAAUCAAGUCUUUAUAAAUGUGUUUUUAAACUAAAAGUAACUUUGAAUAAAGUAACAUUGAACUGUCAUUGAAAAGAAAUAAAUGUCUGUGUCAGCUGUGUCUUUACAACACUUUCUCAGGAGCCUGAAUUAUUUCUAGAGCUAUAAUUACAAAAAUAAAGUAAUGAAUAUUGAAAUGUA